AGAAGAAGAAGAAGUCUGUUUACGGCGGAAGUUGUGAGGUUAAAGCAGCCGAGCCCGCGGUUAAUAUUAUAGAUCCAUGGGUUAACUGCACGCAGGUGAACUCCAGGCAGGUGAACUAACGGCUCCAGGAUGAUUAAGACGGAGAAGGUGGUGCACCUGAGGAGCGGCCGGGGCCGCAGGGUCCGGGUGGUGCGGGAACAUUACCUGCGGGAGCGGGUCCCGUGCUUCAGCGCGCUGUGCCAGGCGGACUGCAACAACGACGGUCCGGUUCUACCCGGAGACCUUACCCACUACGUGGUUCCGGAUGCCGAGGUGGUGGUGAACUUCCUGGAGAUCCUGGAGCUCAGGGAGCUGCAGGGCAUCGUGUUCACGCAGACCGCCGUCCAGGCCCUGCAGAGCCGGGGACGCAGGUGCUACAACCGACUCCGGAGCCUCGUCAAAGACCCCCGACACGACUGCGUGCUGUUUGCUAACGAGUUCCAGGAGUUCUGCUUCUGUCCGCGGGAGGAAGGCGAGCGGCAGGAGCGCUGGCAGACCAGGAGUGUGUACUCGGCUGCGGUGUGGUACUACAACCACCUGGCAGGUGUGAUGAACGUGGUGAUGAUCACGGAGGACCAGGAGGCCGUGGCUCAGUACAGCAGCCUGAACUCGGGGGUGUUCGUCGUCACCGUGCAGGACUACCUCCAGAACUUCUGGCCGGACCUUGUCCAGGCCCAGGACCUGUACCGGUCCAUCUCCCAGGUCCUGCAGGACAAGGAGGGGGAGGACACCCAGAGGGAGUUCUCCGAGCACCUGCCCCCCGAGGUCCUGGAGUCCGGCAUUAAGUCCGGACGCUUCCUGCAGGGCAGCCUGAACGUCAGCAAGCACCGAGCCUCGGACCAGGCCUUCGUGGUGAACCAGGUCCUGUCCAGCAAGAACACCGACCUGAGUGGAGGCGUGCUGGUCUACGGCUUCAAGAACCGGAACCGGGCCGUCCACGGAGACUCGGUGGUGCUGGAGCUGCUGCCCCGGAGCCAGUGGAGGGGGAGGCUGACGGCGCUGGCCGAGGGACCGGGGACAGAGACCGGCGAGGACGGGGAGGGCAGACCCGUCCCAACAGGCCGCGUGGUGGGGAUCCUGCAGAGGAACUGGAGGGACUACGUGGUGACCUUCCCCAGCAGGGACGGGUCUCAGUCACAGACCAGGAACUCCCAGCGGAUCCUGGCGAUCCCCUGGGACCGCCGCAUCCCCAAGAUCCGGAUCAGCACCCAGCAGGCCGAAACGCUGCAGGACCACAGGGUGGUGGUGCGCAUCGACUCCUGGGAGAUCACCUCGCUCUACCCCAACGGCCACAGCGUGCGGGUCCUGGGUCGGGCCGGAGAGCUGGAGACCGAGGUCCAGACCAUCCUCAUCGAGAACGGCAUCCACGUGCCCCCUUUCUCAGACGCUCAGCUGAGGGAGAUGCCGCCCAACUCCCCGGAGAAGCCGUGGUCGGUGGACCCGGCCCAGGCGGGGCGACGCCGGGACCUCAGGGACCAGCUGGUGUUCAGCAUCGACCCGCCGGGCUGCCAGGACGUGGACGACACGCUGUCGGUGCGGCGCCUGGCGGGGGGGAAGCUGGAGCUGGGGGUCCACAUCGCUGACGUCACCCACUUCGUCAGGGAGGGGUCCCUCACGGACCUGGAGGCCCGGACCAGGGCCACCACCUACUACCUGGCCGACCGCCGCUACGACAUGCUGCCUGCCGUCCUGAGUGCAGACCUGUGCUCCCUGCUGGGGGGAAUGGACCGGUAUGCCAUGAGCGUCCUGUGGGAGCUGGAUGCUGGGUCCCUGGCCGUCAGCAGCGUCUGGUUCGGCCGGACACUGGUCCGGUCCUCCUACCAGCUCCACUAUGAGCUGGCCCAGGCGCUGCUGGACGGGGAGGAGGCCCCGGUACCGGAGCUGGCCCAGCUCGGCCCGGAGGAGAGGGACGCCAAGCUGGCCGAGCUGCUGGAGGCGCUGGAGAUGCUGACCCAGGUGGCCCGGCACCUGCGGGCCCAGAGGGACCAGGGGGGUGCCCUGGAGCUGGAGGGGGUGGAGGUGCGGGCCCAGCUGGACCAGGACAGGAACAUCACGGCCCUGGUACCCCGCCAGCCCCUGGAGGUCCACGAGACGGUGGCCGAGUGCAUGAUCUACGCCAACCACUGGGUGGCCCGCAGGAUCCAGGAGGCCUUCCCCUCCACAGCGCUGCUGAGGCGCCACCCGCCGCCCUGCCAGGAGCUGUUCACCCAGCUGGUGGACCUGGCCCAGGCCCGGGGCUUCCCCAUGAACACCAGGACCAACAAGGACCUGGCGGACUCUCUGGAGCGGGCGGCGGACCCCCAGGACCCGCUGGUGAACCGGCUGCUCCGGAUGAUGGCCACCCAGGCCAUGUCCCAGGCCCAGUACUUCUGCACCGGGUCCCAGCCCCAGGACCAGUACUACCACUACGGUCUGGCUCUGGACCGCUACACUCACUUCACCUCUCCCAUCCGCCGCUACGCCGAUGUGGUGGUGCACCGCCUCCUGACGGCAGCGCUGGAGCUGGAGGGGGGGGCGGCCCCGGCCCCGGCCCGGGCCCUGGGCGGGAACAAAGAGAUGGAGGAAACGGCUCAGCACAUCAACAACAAGAACCGGGCGGCCCAGCGGGCCCAGAACCUGUCCACCGGGUUGUUCCAGUGUCUUUUCUUCAAGGACAGAGAUCCUCAGACGGACCCGCGCUGCCUGGCCGACGCCAUCAUCUACGCCGUCCGGGACAACGGAGUCCUGGUCUUCGUCCCAGAGUACGGGGUGAAGGGUCCGGUCUACCUGAGGAACAGGGAGGGCCAGGUGGUGUCAGCAGGGCCGGACGGCGGCUGUGAAUGGCUGAGCGGCUCGGUACGUCGCCAUCCAGACCAAAUCAGCACCUGCUCCAACGGCGGCAGCUGCACCUUCAGGCUGUUGGACCACGUCACGGUCUGCAUCUCUGUCCUCUCCACCAGCUGCCACCCUGACACCCUGAAGCUGGAGCUGGUCAGCAACCGGCCGCACCACAGCGGCGCGGCGCCCCGGCCCGCGCCGGCACCGGGCCGGAACCAGCUGGUCCAGGAGGUGGUCCGGCUGGCCCAGGAGGCCCAGCAGGCCCAGAACCAGGCCCAACAGAGGCCCCGGCUAUCCAGGGAGGAGAGGGAGUUCCAGCAGAGCAAGACCCCCAACCUGUACUCCCUCCUGGAGGAGGUCCGGGAGCUGGCCCUGCUGGACCAGGACUCGCUGCUAAGGGCCGCCGCCGCCACGGCGUAGAGCACGGCCUA